GCCUUCCGCCAGAUCACGUGCACUUCGCUUCGCCGCCGCGCGAGCUGCCAACGCGCCCCAACGAGGAGUCGGAUCAAGGAGUAAGGACAGUCAGUGGAGUAUCAGAAGCCAGCAACCAUGAACUCAGCACUCGCGUCUACCAUCCAGACGCUGCUCCCGGCAAUGUCGAUAGUCCCGCCGGACCUCACCCGCCACGCAGCAAGACUGCUCGCCCAGUCGCGCCAUCUCGUCCAGCUGCCGGCCAAGCACGAGCACUGUCGGGCACACAUCUGCGCCCACCUGGCCUGCGUCCGGCUGCAGUCCGUGCUGUCGCUCGACAAGGCAAUGCCUCACCAGCUGCCGUGCUCUGAGAAGCAGUACCGCGCGCUCUUUGAUCUCUUUGACGCAAAGCUGCCGGACGAGAGCGCGUCCGUCGCUCGUCCUGCGUUCUCCUCCGAGCCGACGGCGCUCGAGUCAGCGUCGACAGCUGAUCCGCUCGAGCAGUUGCCAGACAACGACCUCUUAAAGACUGCUGAUUCAAACAACUUGUCAACUCUUUCACGCGCCUCUAUCGCUGGCGUCUCUGCAUCGCUCGGCCUUCCUCAGUCUCUUGUCCCGCUCGCGAGAUCAGGGGUCGCCAACCUGUUCACCACAAACCCCUCCGCCGGACCAUCGAGCCAGAUCCUAAACACAGCCAGACCAUUCGGCGUUCCGCCGCGGUGUCCAGCAUAUAAAUGUGCAGAGAUGGAGUGGGCCGUCUUUGGAGCAGUACUCUUCGUGCUCCUCUACGGCGACGUCGUCGAGCGCGUCGGCGUCGUCGACAACGACAACGACACCACCACCACCACCAAGAAACAAUCUCCCACAAAACGGAAACUACACGCAUUCCUACGAAAAUCACCCGACCACGACCGCUUCUGCGCCAAAUUCCUCAAACUCGCGCGUGCGGCGACGGACGAGCACGCGCUCGACCACGCGAUCCAGGAACUGCAGCUGAUUUGCUUUGCGCGCGACAUGCGCACUUACAACAACUCUCACGCCGUCUCAGGAACCGCUAAACCUUCUUCGUCGUCGGCGGCGGCGGCGGCUAAAGUCCGCUAUUCGGUGCUCAAUAAGCGGUUUGCGGACGGAGUACGAAGGUGGGUUGCGCGGGCGCGCGAGAUCGCGGCGUCUAAGAAAGGAGCGUCGGCGCCGUCGUCUACUACGGAAGAGAUUCGAGAGGCGGUCGUGAGUGGGAGUAUGAUUCGACCGAGUGUUAUGUUCCUGACUAGGAAGAGAAAAGCCGAGUUUGAGACGUGGAAUGCAGCUAUCCUGCGGAAACUGAAAAAGAUUGAGCAGAAUAGUACGUUUGAGCCGACUGUCCACACUCGGUCGGCGGCGCGUGUACAUUAAUGUAAAUAAAGGUAGAUGUAGAAAUUAACAAUUACAAC